AUGGAGUGGACCGACGAGUUAAUGGUCGGAAUCACCUAUGUGAUCAUUGGAUUCGUCGGAUUCGUUUGCAAUUUAGCGACAGUUGUUAUGAUCGGCACAAAUCGUGUCUAUCGUCUUUCUGCUUACACGAUAAUGGCUAAUGUGGCCUUAGCCGAUGCGAUUAUGAUGCUCAUUGCUGGAGUUGCUUGUGGUUGUUCCCUUCUCUGGCCUGGUGAUGAGAGGCUCGGCUCGACUUUAGCCACCUACAAAGUGACUGGGAAUGACUCAAUGCCGGAUAUUCUGUCGAUUCCGAUCAACACAAACACUUUGGGAAUCGUUCUUUCCCUUUGCGAGAUUGCCGCUUGGAUUGCUGGAGUGGUCAGCUAUGCAUUGUUAGGUCUAAAUCGUUGCAUCGCCAUCUGUUAUUAUGGAACGAAAGCCAGGGCUCUCAAUCGAGUCUCCAUCGCUAUUGUCGGCUCGAUUUUCACCUGGGUCAUUGGGAUUGCAAUUGCAAUCCUUGGAAGUAUGCCCGAGCCAUUGAUGGGAAUCCGGCGUGACAUGUGGUCUUUCAGUUUCCUUCAAACACGCGGCGAUCGACCUCAGCUUUUCCUGAUUCUGAUGUUGGUGAUUAAUGGAGCGGGAGUGGGCGCACAAUGGAUUUGCUCGUCUUUGGUUCUACUCCGGAUUCAUCGUGUCAAGCAGAAGAUCAGCCGCAACAAGAUCAAUCAAAACAGCGCGAAUCGCUUCAAGAAACAGGCUCGUCUCACCUUUCAAUUCUUCUAUCCAUCUCUUCUCUGCACGAUCGCUUCACUCGUCUAUUUCUGCAAGCCCUACGUGGUUGAUCGAUUGAGCGCCUGGCAAUUCGUGGGAUUGCAUUUGAUUUGGUUGUGCAAUCACGCGUGUAAUCCCUUCAUUUAUGCCUACUUCAACGAUCGAAUGCGGCUCACUUACAGGGAAAUGUUGACGUGUGCCCAAUUGCGGUAUCAUUUGAGAAAGCGACGAAUCUCACGCGGUUUCCGGCACAACCCUCGCCACAAUGUCUCCAGGCGAUCGAACGCUCCAAAAUCGACACGAAUGUCGGCUCGAUCAGUGAAAAGUCGAGACGGAAAUUUUGUCCGAAACAGUUUACAGCUUCAAUCUCGUGACUUCGAGCAGCUGUGCGAGUUCAUUAUGAGAGUCAAUCCACUCUAUGAUUCGUCGGAAGGAUGGAGAGAAAGUAGUGAUGAGGAAGAUUUCGCUCCAGAGAUGACAAAAGCUCCUGAAUCGACUUGUGGUGAUGGUGAUUCCUCAGCAGCUCCAAGUCGUGAGCCUCGUUCAAUUGUUCUUGAUUUGGGUCGACAAACUGUUGAGCAUUGGGUUCGCUUUGCGAAAAAGGCUUCCAUU